AUGCCUUUUAAGCCUUCUACUCUUAUUUGGCGUGCUUUGCUCGAUGGUUGCAAACUCCAUAACAAUACAAUGAUUGGGAAAUGGGCUGUCAAGAAUAUUCUUGCCCUGGAACCUAAAGAUCCAUCUGCAUAUAUACUUGUUACAAAUUUGCAUUCAUCUUCUGGGAGAUGGGAUUGCUCUGAGAUGACAAGGGAAAAUAUGAGAGAAAGGGGAUUUCACAAAUACCCGGCUCAAAGUUGGAUCAUUUGUCAGAAGAAAAUGCAUUCAUUCUAUGCAAGAGAUAGAUCUCAUCCGCAAGACAAAGACAUAUAUAGUGCGUUGGAGAUUCUAAUCUCAGAGUGCCUAAAAGUUGGAUAUGAACCUGACACGCGCUUCGUUCUCCACCAAGUGGAGGAGGAGCACCAAAAGAAAACAUUUAUAUUCUCUCACAGUUCAAAACUAACAGCAACUUAUGGAAUAUUGAUGACAAAGCCAAGGGAGCCCAUCCGGAUUGUAAAGAACAUCCUUCUUUGUGGAGACUGCCAUACAUUCAUGAAAUAUGUAUCUAUUAUCACUAAGAGGGACAUUUUUCUAAGAGAUUCUUCAGGAUUUCAUUGUUUCUCUAAUGGCCAAUGCUCAUGUAAAGACCAAUGGUGA